GUUCCGCGCAAGCAAGAAGUUCGAUUCAGUGGGGACCUGUACACGCCACUGUGGGUGCGCAAGAAAGGCGACGCGAAGGAAGGCUGGUGCGAUUUGUGUCCGGAACCGCGGUGGUUGAUCUUGAAGAACUCUGCGUACUGGUACGACAAGAACUUUGCGCAUGGGAUCUGUCCGGUGACGGGCAAGCGGUACACGCGUCCGACAAAGUGCCAGCGGAUAAAGGGUAACGAGGAAAUGUUUGAAGGGUUGUGCUCGGUGUGCAACCAGUGGAUUCAGAUCACGACCCGUCGCGGCGGUGGCGGGACUAGUUGGUUCAGACAUGCGAAUCGA